AUGGCUCCUAUCACGAUCUCUGCGCAGAUUGACAUUCUGGCCUCGCCGGCACUUGUUCGGCAAGUAUUCAUGGACUUCGCCGGGUACAGCCAAUGGCAACAAGGGUGGAAUAUCAGGCCUGUUGAGUCUGGCAAGAAUCCUUUGGAUCUACAAGCAUCAGACCGCCUCAGGGUCUCUAUGCAUGGCAUGACCUUUCAUCCUUCUGUGGUUGAUAACCGCCCUGAGCAUUUCAUCUGGGACGGCUCACUCUAUGGGUUGUUCACGGGGAGGCACACAUUUGACUUCGCUCACAACAAAAACGACCCUUCCACUACCACAUUUGUGCAACGGGAGGAGUUCUGGGGUCCUUUAACGUACCUAUUCCGGCCGUUCAUUAGGAAAGAUCAGCCGAUGGAGAACUGGGCCACAUUUAACGAAGCACUCAAGAAGGAAUGCGAAAGGCGUUCACAUCAAGCAUAG